AGGAGGAAGACAUUUUGAAAGGUAGAGGGCACAGACAUAAUCUGUUAAUGCUGAUAUAAUGAAAAUAUUGGGAAGUUAAAAAAGUGAAUUAAGCUGAUACAAUGGAAGAAGAGGUUAUCCAAGAAUACCAUUCUUCGUUGGAAGACCUAAAUGCGAACAGCAAACCUCUGAUCAACAUGCUGACCAUGCUGGCUGAGGACAACGAGCAGUAUGCGCCAGAAAUCGUUAAAGUCAUAGAAACGCAUUUACAACAGGCUGAACCAUCCAAGAAGCUCCCAACUCUGUACUUAAUUGAUUCUAUAAUCAAGAAUCUCCCGAAAUCAUCGUACCCUUCUUUAUUUGCUCAAAAUAUUGUACAGACGUUCUGUACAACUUUUGAAAAGGUAGAUGAAAAGACAAGACAAUGCAUGUACAAAGUUCGACAAACAUGGAAUGAAAUAUUUAGAAACAGGAAACUGUAUGCCAUUGAUGUACGAGUAAACCACAUGGAUCCAGCUUGGCCUAUUACAGCUGUAGCAGAAACUGAUGGGAAGAGUAACAUAUUUGUCAAUCCAAAGUUCAUUGCAAAGAAAGAGGAGGACAUAGUUCCUGAACUCCCUGUGGUUCCUGAUGUAGAUGAAGAAACACUGAUGAGACAACAAUUGAUAGCAAAAAAAGCAGAGUUGCUGAAAAUCCAACAGCAGAAGCUUGAAAUGGAACUUAGAGAGCUAGAAGAGGCAACUCAGAAUCGAUCUCAUCCCAAGGUCUUGAAAAAUGAAGAGACCCUGAUAAGUGAAACACCGUCCAUCUCUCCAUCCUUGCCCAAUGUGCCAAAACGUGGCCCUAGAAUGCCGAAUCGAGAUCCUAGGACUGUUCGGGAUCCUCGUGUCAGGGAUCCUAGACUUCAAAACAAACCUCCCACAGUUAGUGCUGCUUCAGCUCAACCACCCAUCUCACAAGUCACUACAAAUCCCAUGCCUGGCAUCCCAGGACCCAAUCCUAUAAUGAUGCCCUUCCCGGGCAUGCCCCCUCCUCACUUGAUGCCCAUGAUGCCUAAUCCAGGAAUGAUGCUGUCUCAACCACCACCUGGACUAUUCCCUCCACCUGUGAUAAGCCAGCCUCCACCAGGCAUGCCACCUACCUCCACGAUAACAUUCCCUACACCUUCUAGUCUACCACCACCAACUCAAACAUUCAUUAGUGAAAAUUCAAAUGAUGAAGAUACUAGUGAUAGAGCUAAGCCACCUGGAGCUCAACCUAAUGAUAAUUUUGAUAAAGAAAAGUCUGUUGGAAGUCAAAGGCAUUCCACAGAUAAAGGAACCCUAAGGAGUGAACUGGAAAGAAGAGCCAAGGAAAAUGAAAGUGAAGUGAAGCAUAAAAGUGAGAAUGAUUCUCAUAAGCCUAGAUCAAGAGACUCUAAAAGUAAAGAAAGAAGAAGUGGAGAAAGUGCUAGAAGUAGAGAUUCCAAGGAACGCUCCAAAGACUCCAGAUCAUCAAGGAAAAGUAGCCCUAGGCAUGAAAGAGGAAUUAACAGAGACUCAAAAAGCAGGGAGGAGGAUGCCAAAAGAAAAUCUCAGGGGGAUAUAGAUGCAAAGAAAGCAGAAGACAGGAAAAAAGAUUCCAAGCCAAAAGACAGAUCUAAAGGUAGGCUAGAGGAAGACUCUGACAGCAGGGAUUCCAAUCAUUCAAGGCGGGACAAAGAAAAAUCACCAUCUCUAAAGGAGAGAUCAAGGUCACCUGUGUCUAGAAAAAGACCUUCACCAAAGGAGAAGAAGUCUCCAAAGAAAACUGAUAAGGUGAAGGAUGACAUUAAAAUUGAAACAACUCCUGAACCAACAGAAUCAGAGGAAAAAAUGGACACCGAAAAGAAGCAGGGAUUCUUUGAUUCAGGAUACAAAAUUCCUAAAAAAGAGGUCAUUGCAGAAGGUAAAGAUGAUCUGGAUGAACGUGAGCAAAAGAGAAGUAAAGAUCAAAAAUUAGUGAAGGGAAACUCAAAACGUGACCUUAGUGAGAUAUCAGAGAGUGCAGACAAGGCUGACAUAGAGGAGGAGGGACCAAGUAAAAAGCCGAGGUUGGAGGACCAGCCAAAAUUGGACAAUGAACUGAGUGCAUUGUUUGGUAGUGAGGAUCAGGACUACAGGAGUUUGAUGGAUGUAGAUCAGAGAAAGCCCAAGAAUGCAGUUAAGAAGGGCUGGGCUCAGUACAGGCAUGACCAUCCAGGGGAGUUUUCCUAUGAGAUUGAACGUGAGAGGAGGGACACGGAUCAUAGAAGUCCACUAGACAUGGACCACAGAAAAGACACCGACUUUCGUAGUCAGAAAGGGGACCUUGAUCUGCGAGGUGUUGGUGAAUCCUCAAAAACUGUUGAUAUUCCAAAUGCUCUCUCUUUGGAAAACAGAGAAACCAUUUUAGAACAGAUUGAGAAACGUAGAAAAUCAGGAGAGUUAACAUUUGAAAGGCAUCAAGAACUUUUAAAGGACUUAUCUCGAUUGGAUGUUUUACAAAAGAUUCAGCAGGAAAGAGAAAAAUUAAAAGGAGAGUUAAAUGAAAGAGACUCUGAUUAUCAGCCUGGUCCACCUAAGGAUUGGAGAUCAAUUCCAAGUGUUAGAGUGCCUACACCACCAAGGCCUACUCCAAGUAAUGAAAAGCCUCCAGUGGAGAGAGAUGGACCCAUCUCUGAAAAAUGGCAAGAAAGUCGUAGAUCUGCAGCUCGAGAAUUAAACAUGGAUGAAAGAGAAUUUCGGUCUCCGAGGAGUGACUUUGACAGCGAUUCCAGAGACCGAUUCCCACCAUUUAAUAGAGACAGACCUGGUCCUCCUGAAGGACCCCACCACAGAGAAAUAUUUGAUGGUCCUCCUGAUGAUAGAAGACCACCAAUGGAUGUAGAUAGAGGAAUCAAUAGGGACAUGGCUGGACCACCACAUAGGAUGGGAAGGCCAAUGAAAGAUGAUGAGCGAUUCCCUCCACCUGACUGGCAAGGACCUCCGGAUAGAGACUAUGAUAGAGAGAUGUGGAAUUAUGAUGGUAGAGGUCUCCCAGGAGAAAGGGGACCACCAGAUUUUAGACAAGAUAAUAUUGAUAAUAGACCUGACAGGGGUCGACCUUUUCAAGACUAUAGUAAUCGUGGUCCAAGAAGAGGAAUGGGACUCAGAGGUCGAGGAUCAAGGGGGCGCAACUCCCCAGUAUUUAGAGAUCAAAGAGGUCCCAUGGAUGAGGAUUUCCCUCCAUAUGAUAUGGACAAUCGAAGACAGGAUGACAGAUUUCCUCCAAGAGGUGGAUGGCAUGGAGGGUGGGAUAGAGGUAACAGGGGUGGACCUAGAGGAAACUUUAGGGGUCGUGGAAUGUUCCCUGGGCCAAGAGGGCCACCACCACAACGUGAUAUGGAUGAUAGGGAUUUUGACAACAGACCACCUCCAGACUUUAUGAACAAACCUAGACCUCCAUUGAGACAGUUACCUCCUAUGAAAGACUCAAGAUGGGCUAAUCUUAGCAAUUUUCCAGGAACUGAUGACACUGAAGAGUUUGUGAUUGAUGGAAAACCUUUCCAUAUUAAAGUUGGUGCUCCCCCAAGAAAGGUUAGAUUUGGUAAAGGUCAGAUUGAAAUAUUUGCAGAUCCAAAUCAGCGAUGUAUUCUUGUAGAUGGCCAGAGAGUUUACACAUUUGGAGAUUAUGUUAGGGAAGUUAAACUACAGGCAGACUGUACUGGAAGAAAUUUCAAAGUAUUCUAUCAUGGUGCAGCAAGACAGCUCUGGAUAGAUGGGUUUUUACAUGAACUAAGGCUGGAUGCUCCACCAAAGAUAAUCUCAAUCAAAGAUAAAGAACAUACCAUCAGAAUUGAUGGAAGAGACGGUAUGAUUCUGUUAGAUAAUAAAGAACUGGGAGUAUUUGGUGGUCCACCUAGAUUUGUGUUUAUUGCUGGAAAUCGCUGUGAACUUCGUUUUGAACCACCACCCCGACAAAUUUUGAUUGAUGGGAAGUUGUGUGAAUUGAAAUUGGACAGAAAAAUUCCUUGUGUGAUGAUCAAUGGUGUGCCACAUGGCAUUCGCUUUGAUGGACCACCAAGGGAUAUUAUUGUCAAUAACAUUCCCCAUACUGUACCUAUGGACAGAGCUGUCAAGAUCCGUAUCGGCACAAGACCACACAAUAUUGCCUUUGGUGGCCCGGCUCAUGAAGUGAUAUUUGAUGGAAAAUGGUACGAGGUGAAAUUUGAUGGCCCUCCCAAAACAAUUGUGGUGGGAAAUAGACAAGUGGAAAUUCAGCUGAAGGGAAAUUCACCUGAUGUGAAAAUCUUAGAACCUAUUGAGGAUCCACAGUUAAUGAUGCCUGUUAAUAAUGUUGGCUUUGGCCCUCAUGCUCCAAAUGGAAUGCAAGGCCCAAGAAUGAGACCUCCAGGACCUGGUAAUUUCCAGACAGAGGGGCCCAUGAUGAACCAAGGAUCCAACAGACCUAUUGGACCUGGACCUAUAGGAGGCCCACGACCACCAGUGAUGGAUAGACCAUCAAUGCAAAGACCAAAUCAGCCAAUGGAAAACCCUCCAAUGAUGCAGCCACCUAAUAGCAUGAUGCCAAAUCAGCCUCCCCAUGGGAUGAUGGGACCUGGUCUGAACCCCAUGAUGCCCAAUCAGGGAUUCCCCAUGAUGCAGCCUACUCCUAUGUCUAUGCAGUCCUUGUCUACGGGGGCCAAUACCCAAAUAGGUGCAGGUCCUAUAUUAAGCACACCUGUUGCAGAUGUCAGCCUGACCAGUAAUCAGUCAUCUCAGAUUCCAGGCAUUAUUCCUUCAGCACCAGCAACUUCAGCACCAUUUGACAUUGGGUCAUUAUUCCAGAAACUUUUAGACACUGGAAUAAUUUCCAAACCAGAGGUAAAAGCGGAGCCUUCAACUGAACCCAGCAAAGUGAAGAAAGAGGCAGCCAUUCCUGAAAUUAAGAAAGACAAGAUUGACGUUGUUCCUGAUCUACUAGACCUUAAAACAGAUAGCCUGAAAAAGCAAUACAAAGGGGUGUUUCAAAGAAUGUACAGUGGGAUUCAAUGUACUUCUUGUGGAAUGCGCUUCACGUCAAGUCAGACUGAAAAGUACAGAGAGCAUCUAGACUGGCAUUUCCGUCAAAAUCAGCGAGAAAAGGAUGGAGCUCGGAUAUUAUUACACAGAAAGUGGUUUUAUACGUUGGAUGAAUGGAUUGAUUAUGAGGAAAUUGAUGAAUCUGAGGACAAGGGUAAGAGUAUUGUGUUUGAGCAGAGUAAACCAAGUACAGUGCCUGACACUGCUGCCGUCAAAAUCAACAUCCCAGAAAACGAUGACAUCCUCAGGUGUCCAGCAGCUUCAGAUGGAGAAAAUGUAUGUGACAUUUGUGGUGACCCGUUUGACCAGUACUGGGAUGAAGAGGCAGAGGAAUGGCAUCUCAAGGAUGCAAUCAGAGCAGAGGGCAAGACAUACCACCCAGUAUGUUACGAAGAUGAAAAAGAGGGCAGCAUCAUAGAGACAACACCAACACCUACACCAAAGACAGCCGAGAAUAAUCCCCUCAUCAUGCAGAUCAAAAAAGAACUUGGGCAGAUACCAGCUGAUACUGUGAUUCAGUACCAGGAGAAUAUGAUAGUGAAACCAAAAGUGAAAAUAGAAGAACCAGCAGAAGAGGAAAGUGUUCAAGAAACUCAGCAAACCUCAAAUGUGGAGGAAACUGUCUGCAAUCGUGCAACUGUUAAACAGGAAGUGCCAGAUGCAGAAGAGGAAGUGAAAGAUAUAAAUACUGAGGGACCAUCUCAAGAAAGUGUAGCAAUAGAACAUGUUCAAGUAAAAGUGGAAGUUACAGAAGCUGAAGCUUCUUGAGAAUAUUUUGUUUUAUAAUCAUAUUUUCAUGAUUGUGUAUCAUAUUCAAAAGGGCUUUCAAGAAAGAUAUACUCUUUGAUUAGAGAUAUAUUUGCUAAUUGUACAUAAAAUGCUGUAAAGUAAAAGUGCAGAGGUUGUAAUGAGAGUGAUUGAGUUUGGUGUAAACUUAUCAUGUAUUUAUAUUUUUAUUGUAAGAAGGCAAGGGAAGUGCUUAAAUUCAGUACACUAAUCUAAUCUGUGCUGUUGCGAGUUAUUUAUUUUGUGUCAUUUAAUGGCUUAAGAAGGGAUACAGUGAACUAUUAAAAAAACUAAAGUAUUAGUGCAAUUUCCCAGCAUGUCUCACUGUGUGAAACAUAUUCAUUACUUUUUUGUGUUUUGUACAUUGUGAAUGCUUAAAAAUAACAUCAAAUUAAAUCAUUGUACAUGUCACUCUGAUUCAUUUAUAUUGUGACAUGUUUUAUUCCACUUGAUUUUAUAUUUUGUCCAUUGAAAUAAUAGUCUAUGUUAUGAAACCCAAGAUGGGACUGUUCAACAACAAUAAAAAGGACAAAAAUUCUCAA